AUGCCAACGACUUCCGCGACGUCGAUGCAAAAGAUUCACCCUCUGGGGAGUUUCGAUUCACUGAUGGAUGACGAUGACGACGAGAUUUCCAUCGUGCUCAACACCGUCAACAAGUUCUUUCAAUCCGGAUCGCCACUUGCCAUCUUCCUCGACUCAUUCGUGAGGGUCCAAGGAUCGCUACCUGUCACUGCAGGACCUAUUCAUGGUCUACUCAGAGCUUCGGACAUUUGGAAAACCACGAACAAGCACAAACCGACUGUCCUGAAUGAGGUUGAGUCACCAACAGAACUUGACCCAACAGACGAUGUUUCCGAUGUCUUUCCAAAGACACCACCCAAGAAAACGAUCCACGUUAUCAUCCGGCGCCCUCCUUCAAUCCAUGCGCCUGUUCCUGUUCCACUCCAUGCUCGCAGCUCCACCCCUCUCUUAGACGACUCUCGCCCCGGCACGCUGCUAUCUGGCGACCUCCAUAGCGACAUCAAAAAGAUCACGGACAAGUUCUUUGCACCAGGGUCAGACGUGGCCAAAUUUCUCGACGCGUUCAUGGGAGGCCAAGGAGCACUGCCCACGGCGACUGGGCCCAUUCUAGGUUUAUCAAGUGCUCGGCGUCGCGGAUUCGGCCAUCCACCAGAGACUUUGUCCUUUAUUUAG